UCAUUUAAAACUUGUGUAUUUAAAGGUUUUCGUGGGUAUCAGGUAUUCCACACAAGACACAGAUUUUGAUUAGAAGUUGUCUCUCAAAACAUUUAGCUCUUUUAAAUUCGGCUGAAUCUAAUCCGCCAAAAGCUGACUGAUAUAAUGUGAUGAGCACUGGUAACUAAUUUAAAAUGGAAAUUAUCAUGCUAUAAAUGUUGUCUGGUAAAAUAUUUGGAACCAAAUCAAGCUCUGAAUAAAGCUGAGGGGUACGUCUGGUUUGACGGGAUGGCACGUAACGUUAUUUUGUUUUCUUUUCCAGUGUUUAAUUGUUGCACGGACCUUUGCAAAUGGAAACGGUGAUCUGAAACUGAGCUGUGCUGUACAGCCUUUCUGACCACAGUGGCGUCUGCAGGGAUGAUCGCGGGGUUUGGCUCCACGUUGGCGCUGACCAAGAAAAGAAGCCCAGAAUGGUUUAAUAAGGGUGUCAUGGCGACGGCAGCGGCCCCUGAGAGUGGGGCCUCCCUGGCCCUCAGAGCUCUGGGUUGGGGCUCUCUGUAUGCCUGCUUCGGGGUCGGGCUGCUCAGUUUCGCUGUGUGGAAGGUCCUCGGAGUUCACAGCCUGUCAGAGUUCAGACAGAAGAUGCAAUCCGUCUUCCCGUCCAUCCCAAAGACAUCCCCGUCUGGAGCCGAGCCUCUGGACUGGGACUCGGUCUUCAGGUCGGAGGAAACUGGAGCUCGAGGACCAAUCAGACGAGAAGACGCAGAGACUGAAAACAAGAGGAGCUGACGUGUUUCUGAGGCAGAAAGUGGAGGAUCCUCUGGGACCAGUUUGAGCCCAGACUGGUUCCCAGCAGCCCUCGUGGUUCAGACUGUUGUGUCUCAGUGUCAAAUGACUCUAAUUUGUUUCUCUGAAUGUGAACGUGUGAUGCGUUUGUUUUUGCUGCUGCACUGAAGCAGGAAAAUGUCCACGUGUGCCGAGAGGACGCUUGCAGCGCGGACAGAUGGGACAGGACGUCAUGUGAUCACGUCAACAGCUUGUUGUGUAAAUCUCUUUCCUCAGCUGAAUCUCCUGAAGUUGUUUUAAAGUAAAAAUACAAGUUUAAUAAGAAUGUUUGAUCAAAUCUAAAUACUUUUUCCUGCUCCUGCUGCUUUCCUUGAUUAAACUGAAGUCUAAAGAUCUGACUAAAACCAGCCCAGAGCUGCGUUCAAGUGCUCAACCAGA